CGUUCCACGUGGCUGUCACCCCGAGGCACGCGCCGAUAAUGCUCCACACAGGUGCACGUGUUUCGGCGUAAUGGCGCAAUUUUGGCUCUUCGGGGUCUCAAGUGUCCCUUCAAUUUAUUGACUAUUCCUAGUCAACUAAGUCCGACCCAAAGUGCCGUGAACGUCCGGAUUGAGCACGUAAAGUACACAUUUGUGGUCUCUGCGGAAGGUCAGGGUUGAGGCGUUCCUGGUUGCCAUGGAGACAAGCGCAACAUGGCGAGUUCUUGCGCCAGAUCGAACGCCGCCUUUGACACUCGGUUCCACUGUAACAUGUGAAGGUUACGCGGGCUAUGCACAGCUUCUACUAUUAUGGGUUGUCUGCACACAUGUCGUACCGAUGAACUCACGGAGGAAUGGAAGAUUACAGGAUGAUCGAGAAGAUCGGCGAAGGCACCUUUUCCCAAGUGCUCAAGGCGCAGAGCCUCCGCGACGGACGUUUCUACGCGUGUAAGAUCAUGAAGCAGCCGUUCGACAGUGUGGAGCAGGUGAACAAGCUGCGGGAGGUCCAGGCGAUGAAGCGGCUCAGUCCUCAUCCGAACAUCAUUCAGCUGCAUGAGAUCAUCUUCAACAAAGAAACUGGAUCUCUUUCCUUGAUAUGUGAGCUAAUGGACAUGAACAUCUAUGAGUUCAUACAAGGUCGACAGUAUCCGUUGCCUGACAGCAAAGUCAAACAUUACAUGUACCAGUUAUGCAAGUCACUGGAUCACAUGCACAGAAAUGGGAUUUUCCACAGAGACGUAAAGCCAGAGAACAUUCUUAUCAGACAGGAUGUGUUGAAACUGGCUGACUUCGGCUCCUGCCGCAGCAUGUACUCUCAGCCGCCCCAUACGGAGUACAUCUCCACCCGCUGGUACCGGGCCCCCGAGUGCCUCCUCACAGACGGCUACUACUCCCACAAGAUGGACGUGUGGAGCGCGGGCUGCGUCUUUUUUGAGAUAAUCAGCCUCAACCCUCUGUUUCCUGGAACAAACGAGUUGGACCAGGUUUCCAAAAUCCACGAUGUUCUCGGAACACCGGACUCCAGCAUUCUACAUAAAUUCAAGCAGUCACGGGCCAUGCAUUUCAACUUCCCCCCACAGAAAGGCUGUGGCCUCUCCUGCCUUGUACCACAAUGCUCGGCAAUCGCCCUGUCACUCCUCUACCAAAUGCUGAAAUACGACCCAGAGGAGCGCAUCGGUGCCGAGGACAUGCUGCAGCACCCCUACUUGCGUGACUUGCGGCUGGCCGAGAAGAGAAUUUCGAGCUUGUGUAGGGUCACUGGGACCGCCAAGGGGUGCGAGGCAAGCGGGGCAGCCAGCUCUAUGGACCACCUGUGGCGGAUUGCACGGCAAGGAAGGAAACAGCACCAUGGUAAACAUGCUGCCGAACCCUUGAUCAGAUGCAAGGGCCCACUCUAUCCUGCUGAAUUACCGAAGCUGAACAUAAUCAUCCCCGCAACCAAGAUGUCCUCAUUUCCUGUAACCUCCCUACCGCCUCUCCCCGGCACUCAUCGUGGCUCCCUGCCUGCUUUCACUUCCAAAAUAUGCCACUCACAGCUGUCUAAGGUUGUCUCCUCAAUAACCCUACAAAUCCAAGUUGUCCAGCCAGGCUGCCAGAUGCUCUUGUCCCCUAUUGCAGCCUGUGUGUCACACCAUGCCACUAUUCCAAGCGCACUCUCUUUAAAAUAGCUGACCAGGUCAAGCUAUCUGCAAGACCCCACCAAAUGCCCCCUCCAGUCUGAACCAGGGUCGCAACAUGACGGAACCUCCUCCUGCCACACCUGACAUAACUAGUUUAAUGAACGUUGCCACUUGCAAGUGACAAGUUGGCCACACGAUGCAACCACCCCAAACUGAGUGGCAUCUUAGAGAAUAAAAUGGUUAUUUUGAAAUUGUGAACCCAUGUUUGGAUUAAUAAAUUUGGUUGAAUCUGCUACAAAUAACCGAGUUGGGACAAGUCAGCCCUUUAAACCCUGCUUUACUUUGAAGUUAGGAGGAACUUGUUACUCCUGCAUCAGCAUUUCCAGGUGGGUAGGAAGCUGAGGAUUGACAUGACAUUCAGUUAAUUCAAUUUAAUUUAUUUUUAUAGAGAGAAAGAAAACAUGGCAUGAGGUGGGACUAAAAGAUCUCCAUGUCUGUACCAAUUCUCCCUCGAUGAAAACAGAGGUGAAGUUCGGCAGGGAGAAAGAUUUUAAAUUGAAAAUUCAUGGUGGUGUGGUUCUACUCCCCAACACUGAGGGUUUGUUCUCAAAGAAACCACACUGCAACUGUGGCAUUUUUUUAAAAUAAAGUUUUUAGUUUGGGUUAACACCCCUACUGUCUUGCCGGUAUCUUCCAUCUCUGCGGGGCCAGCAACGCCAUUGCUGCAAAGAAGCAACAUCUAUUUGACAACUGUGUCUAGAACAUUCAUGAGAUUCAUAUACUACAGGAGAACUUUGAUCAGUUUCAGUUAUAAGAGAGGAACACACUAUAUUCUUGAAUUUCAGUAACAGGUAAAGGCAAACCGGUGGAGGAUACCAUGAACAUGUCAAAUUAUUUGCAUACUAAAAGGGGGUCAGACAGGUGUCUCAUAUCAAAUGUUACAUGAGCACAUAAAUUGCAAGCAGAAUAUAAUGACCAUGAACAUUUUUCCCCGACACCCUCUUUGACACAAUUACGUACCACUGGCCCUGGUGUAAUUUUUGUCAGCCCAGCCCUACUCCAGUGAGGAGUUCACACCUUGAAGAGCUUCACAAAGAUUAGAAGUGACAAACAGCAGGUACAGUAAAACUGUUUUAAUAGUGUCACACGGAAAAGUUCCUAGCGUGGAACCUUGAACCUACUUGUUCCUAGUGGAUGCUACUUCACGUUACAUAGAAUAGCAUUGCUGAUGUUAAGUAAAAUAUGAAUUCUUAUUUUUAGUCUGACAGACUUCCUGAGCUUCAACUUGCAGGCUUGUACUGUUCCUUUGCCUGACUGGAGAACAUUUUAUGAAUUCUUAACAUUAAGUAUAUGCAUUUUUCCUUGGAGAGAAGAGCUUCUGAUAUAAAGAGAUCUCCUAUACCAAACAUUUAAUUAAGAAAAAUACAUCUGGAUGAUCUAUUUGUACAACAGAAAGGAACAAAAAACUGUAUAUUCAAGAUUGUUUUAAUAUUAAUAUGUAUAUUAUUCUGCAUUAGAAAUAUCACUAUUUUCCUUUAAUGAACACAAACUUCCACUAGUUUAAUGAUCAUUUGUUUUGCCCCACCAAUCACUGAAUUACAAUAUUAUACAUAUAAUACAGAGUAGAUUUUAAUCUGAAACAAUAUUAAAAUAAAUGCUCAAUAGAUACAAAGAUUUUUAUUAUUUAAUAUUUUCUCCACCUUAUAGCUGUCUGGGAGUCCUUGUACACCCCACAACUUGUAAAGCCAUUCUCUUCUAACAAACUAUUAAGUGCAACAAUUUUUCUUUUUUCUUUAAAAAAAACAAUGAUUGCAGCAUCCAGCUAUCAGAUUCAAAAUUUCAAGUCUAAAAAUAAUGACUUGCCAUAGCCCAAGUGCAUCCAGGACCCCUCUAGACUGUUUUAUGCUUUUUUCCUCUUUUUUGUUCCAUUAUAGUAGUUAUAAAACAAAGA